AUGCAAUUCACUUCUCUGUUCGUCCUUGCAACAUCUCUGGUUGCAGCUUCCGCCCAAAACAUCCUUCUGACCAACGACGAUGGAUGGGCCGCUACCAACAUCAGGGCCCUUUACAGAGAUCUCAAAGCUUCUGGACACAAUGUUGUCAUGGUAGCUCCUGCUAGACAGUACUCCGGAAACGGAGGCAGAUUCAUCACUCCGACAACUUCGACCCUCACAGCCGCAGCAGUCUUCGAUUAUCCGCCAGCCGGAUCGCCAGCGUGGGGUCACGAGGAGGACGAUUUGAACGUGUGGUAUUUCGACGGGUCGCCGGCCGCGUGCGUCGCCCUCGGACUGGACUAUGUGGUUCCUAAGUACUUCGACAAUAUGACCAUUGACAUCGUUUUAGGCGGUCCUAAUGAGGGCAACAACCUCGGAGAAAGAGACUAUGUUCUUUCAGGAACCAUUGGCGCCGCCUACUAUGCCACAGAAAGAGGCUAUCCGGCCAUUGCGUUCUCCGGAGCAAACUCCAACAAUUCGUUUUUCAAGGACAACCUGGACGAGGACCCGGACCACGCCCCUAACAUUUACUCCAAGUACGCCAUCGAGGUGGUCGAAACUCUGGCAAAAAGCCAGGGCGACGGGGACCGUCUGCUGCCGGAAUCGUACGCGCUGAACGUCAACUUCCCUGCCGCAGGCUCCGACAUCAACGCCUCGUGCAGAGAACUCACAUUCAGACACACGCGAUUCACCGGUUCUAAGAGUCUCGCGUACAAGGUGGAGUACGACGACACGGCAGAAAACAUGAAGCAGACGACGCUGGCUACUUCCGCAGUGCAAAACUGUGCUGCCGGCGACUGCGAGCUGCCAGACGAGUUCACCAUCAUCAACAACGGCAACUGCGAGGGCACAAUCUCCGUGUUCACAAUCGAUUUCGACGCGAGCGAGCAGCUCACCGAGCAGACGCUUUCGUUGUUUGAGUCUGUGCUGGGAAAAUAG